AUGGAAAAUUUUAAUAGCACAUUGACGCCUAUUUUUAACCAAAUCCAGGAGAAACCAAAGCCAGCAUGGGCCAAUCAGAAGAAGAUAGAUUAUUCACAAGGUUAUAAUGCACAAAAGAAGAGGAUACUCAAGCAAUUGAGCAAAAAUAGAGGGAAUAUAGAUCAUUCCCAGAUUGACUUUACUGUUGGAAUGCAGACACUUGCAACAACAAAAUCCUUUGAGAGUAAGAAUAUUUCCUGAGCCACCCAGGGAGGUACAUAUGAAAAGUCUGGCCUAUCUGAGGUGCAAGCUCAGAGAAACAGCUUCCCAAAACUAUCUCAAAAGAGAAGGUUCAAGAGUAAAGGUAAGAAAGGAGACUGUGACUUCUAUCCUAUUGGUGACAUAGAUGAUACUUUCACCAACCUUAUUGAGGAAGAAAUUAAUGAAAAUAAGUCUGCCCAAGACAAAACCACAAAGUUUAUAAAUAUAAAGCCCCUGUAUGCUCACGAGGUGUAUCAUAAUGAUAAAGAGAGAUUCGAUAAUGAACCAUUUCUUAGAUAUUUUGAGAGGAUUGCUCGAGGAGCUGACCUAGAAGAACUUGGUGCCAUCAAAAUCAGAGCAAAAGAUGCCUUUGAUUUCGACUGUAAGUUUAGGAAAGACUUAAACUUAAAAUUCAAAACCCGUACUCAAAGUCCUUAUGCAAUGUCGAAAGGAGAACCUAUAGAAGAGAACCAAGAAGGAUACACAUUUAAAGAAUUUUUCAAGAAAUGUGUCAAAAAUUCAAAAGAGAUUCAUAAAUACUUCAAGCAUUUGCCAAAGAAUGACAUGUGUAAGCAGAUUGAGAACAAUUACUGGUACUUUCAUAAACUUGACAGGCAGAGAUUAGUGAAGGUUGAGUAUGCCAAUGAUAUUCCGAUUGAUCAUUUUGGUUCAGGAUUCCCAACAGAAAAGGAAAAUAAGUACUCGUCUCAUCCUUGGAACCUGAACUGUAUGAAUUCAGCACCAAAUACCUUACUGCAGUUUUGCCCCGAUAAGAACAUCAGUGGGAUUAAUAAGCCUUGGAUGUAUAUUUCUCACCCAUACUCAUCCUUCUGUUGGCAUUAUGAGGAUAUGAUGAUGUACUCCAUUAACUACAUGCAUGAAGGAACCGCUAAGAUAUGGUACACCAUUCCCAACUGAGAUAGGAUCAAAUUUGAGAAAUACAUAAAGAAAAAGUAUAAAAAUCUCUAUGAAAAGGAUGAUGAUCUCUUCUUCAACAUCAACUUCCAAGUAUCCCCACUCGAAUUAAUCAACAAUGGGAUUCAGGUGCACAGAACAAUCCAGAGACCGGGAGACUAUAUUAUCACAUUUCCAGGCUGUUAUCACUGUGGGAUAUCGUUAGGUUACACUCUUGCAGAAGCAGUAAACUUUACUUCCUCAGAUUGGCUAAAGUAUGGGUUUGAAUCGAUAGAUAUUUACACACAAAAUGGAUGCAAAAAUCCUCUAUUUCCCUUUGAAUGGAUGAUAACCCAAAACAUUAUUAACCACAAUCGUCUUUCCCUAUCAAAAAGUUGAAGAAAAGAGAUUUUCACAUACUGGCAGAAAUUUUAUAGCAAAGAAAAGAGGAACAGAAGAGUAUUUCUCAAAAAGCUCAAAAACAAGAGGAAAGUUAAGAAAGAAUGUACAGAGAAACUUCCAGAUGGAGAUAAAACCCCAGAAGAUGCAUAUGAAUGUAACUAUUGAAUCAACUUUUGAUAUUUCUCAAUGAUCAAAUGCAGAAAAUGAAACAUUCAUUAUUGAACAUCCCAUGACUUCUUCUACUGAGAACAUUAUGAAGACAUAACACUUGUAAAUAGGUUUACAGAUCAAGAAUUAGAGGAGAUUAAUAAGAGAGCAAAGGAAAUGCCUAAUGCUGAAAAUCAAAACGAAGAUGAAGAGGAUGAAAAGGGUGAAGAAGAUGAAGAAGUAGAAAAUAACCAGAGUGACAACACCCAAGACACCAUCUCUACUUCCCCACAAAACUCCCAAACCCUCCCAAAACCCCCUUACAAACUCACUAAAAUCCUCAAAACCCCCUCCACCACAGGACCAAUCACCGACACCCCUGCCUUCCCCGACCCCUCUCCUACCCCUCAAACCCCCCGUACCCCCUCCUUCCUAUUCUCUUCCCCCACCCAUCUAUCCUUCAACCCCUUCCAUCCCCAAAACCCUCCUCCCCAAGACCCCUCCUCCGAAUUCCCUUCCCCGCCUUCCUUCCAUCCUUUCUCCACAACUUCCCCAGCCAGACCUUCCCCUCCAGCUCACACUUCUUUCCAAUUUGAAGAACAAAACCAGAAAGAGAGUUAUUCUACAACCACGUUCAUGAAUAAUAGGUUAGGGAAUUAUAACCAGCUUGUGGGACAGUAUGCUCAGAGUGGAGGUUUUGGAAAUAAGGGAUCUGAGGUUAUUGAUAUCAUUAACUUGAGCUACCAAAUUCCUUCAUAA